AUGUUCCAAUUUAUUGAUAAAGCCUUUCAUUUGCCUUUAAAAUGUUUUACUAGUUUUGCAAAUAAAAUAAAUUAUAGUAACAAAUAUAAAAAAAUUUUAUUAGGUAAUAAUGAUUUUUCUCAUGAUACACUAUCAAAAUACAUUAAAAUUUUUAGAAUAAACAAUUAUAACUUCAUUAUAUAUGGAAUAUUGCAUGGUAACAUAUACGAAAAAAGUUGUAGUGGUAAGGAUUGUUCUGAAUUACUUAAAAGCAUAAAAACAGAUUAUGUAUUAUUAGAAUUGUGUGAUUAUAGAUUAAAUAGAAUAUUUGAUAUUAUUUCUAAAAAGAAAAAUAAUUAUAGUAACAAUUAUUCGAAAUUUACUUAUUUACCCAGAAUACAUAAUGGGUUUCUACAAUGUGAAUUUUUACCAAUUAUUGAAGAAUGCCUAAAAAAUAAAUUGAAAAUUUUUGCGUAUGACAGAAAUAUUAAUAUUAUAAAAAAUAGAUUAGAUUUAAAACUUUUAUAUGAUACAAAAGCUUAUAGAAAAUUUUUCACUUAUUGCAUAGAAUCAAUAUCUUUGAGGCAUUAUCCAUAUGAUACUUUUGUUAAAUUAUACAAUGAUUAUGAUUUAAAUAAAAUUGAAAAAAAAGAAACAAAAAAUGUUCAAUCGGAAUUAAAUUUGGAUUAUGAGACUAAGACUAAUUCAAAUAAUGAGAAAAAAAAAAAUAAUAAUGUGAAUGAAGAUUCUCACACAAAUACAUAUGAAAGUUCUGAAUGCUUAAAAAAAUUGAAAGUGUUAAAUCUUUUGAACGAAAGAUUAAAAUCUCUUUCUAAGCCCACAUACGAUGUUUUGGUAAAUGAGAAAUGUAAAUAUGUUUCAAGUAAUAUUUGGGGAUUUUUACUAAAUAAUGAAACCAAUUUUUUCGAAAAUAAUUCUACGAAAAAUAUCGUUGUCGUCUGUAGUGCAAAUAUACUAAAAGAAUUAGUUGAAGAAUUAAAUUUAACUUAUAUGAAUUUAAGUAAAAAAUAUAAUAAUCAAAAUUAUGAAAAUUUGAUUUACGAAAACCAAUAUAGUUCUUAUAAUGAUUAUGUUAAACCACAUUGGCCUCUUAUAAUUAUUAAAUAUUAUUUUAUUCCAUAUUUUAUUUUAUAUAUUAUUUUAAAUAUGUUGUAUACAUUUUGUUCAUGGAUAUACAAAUCUAAUUUUCAAAAGAAUUCAUCAAUUUCAAGUAAAAUAAUAGAUAUAGAAGUUUAA